CAUCACAGCCCAUUAAUUAAAAAAAGUGUUUGCUCCUACUUUCGUCCGUAUAGGGUUUUUGCAGCUUCGUCAUCCUCUGCGCUAAACACAACUGUGCAUAUCACCUCCAAUGGCGUAUUAUUCUUCUAGACUCGAUUUCUUUUGCCAUUUGUGUGGGACAACGCUAAUUGUUCCUUCUUCUGAGUACGCCCAAUGCCCUUUAUGCAAAACUCUCCGAGACAUACAAGAUAUUCGUGAUAAGGAAAUAAGUUACACAAUUACUGCUGAGGAGAUCAGAAGAGAGCUUGGAAUGGAAAUAAUCGAGGAACAGAAGGUUCAAUUAUCGAAGGUCAACAAGAAAUGUGAAAAAUGUGGCCAUGAUGAAGCUAACUUUUAUACCAGACAGAUGAGAUCAGCAGAUGAAGGGCAAACUACUUUCUAUACAUGUACCCGUUGUGGUCAUCAAUCUCAGGAGAAUUAGUGGUUUACUUUAAGGCUAUCUUUGGAAGGAAUGUACCAGGAAAAAUAGAAUGAUCUUUAAGGUUAUUUUGUAUCUGAUAAUAUGCCGCACCUGACCCCUACUAAGGUUGUUAUCUGGACUUGGUUAUUAAUUAAUAAGCCUUUUUACCUUAAAUUUCUUUUGUAUAUCAGCUAUAAAUAAUUAACACUACCUGGAGAAAUGGCGUAGCAGUACAACCCAAGUAGGCUAGAUUCAACAUAAAAAUUGGGUUGUCUACUCUGUCGAGCAUGAAGUUUAACAAAUUAGGUUCCUCAUCCUUAUAUAAUAAGAUAUUUUAGCCUUUUAACUCAGCAUAUCCGUUUAACAAAUCUUUCCAAACUUCCCAUCCUAAAGUUGAUUUGAGAAUUUUGGUUAUGUUGACUCUUCUUCAUACGUUUGGUUGCAUAUUUUACACUUGUCUAUUUAGUUUUGGUGCAAUGAGGUAUAUGUCCAGUGGUGAACCUGUAUUUAGUAUAAUUUUUUGUGGCUUGUAUUAAAAAAGUAGCUUUAGUCUGUAGCCUUACUUUAUGAAAUCAAAUUGUGUAAAAUAUGAAUUACCAAGAAAACAGUCCUUUGGGUUUCAAGAAGGGGAGAAAAACUGUGAAUAAUAUAUCUAUCAAAACUCCUCCAUCUGCACUUGUCUUGGCAGAACGAUCACUUCUGCAGCAGUGAUCUCGAAGUUUGUGAGUUUUCUCAUCCUUUCUCACUUGCCCAUUUCAUUUCAACGUUUCUCUGCAUUGGUAAUUUAGGGAUGCAUGUUUCGUAUUAGCUUUCUAUUUCACCUCUGCGGAUGUUGUUUGUUUAUAAUUCUUUUGGAAUGAAUGCUGUGUAUCUGGGCGAUUUCAACUGCUAGAUCUAGAUUGUAUUGUAGUUAUUUCAUAUGUCCUAUUUAGAUUUCCUAUUCUUAUACCAUUAGGAUCGAUGAAACAUUUCUUAGUGUGUUUGUACCAUAUAAUUGGGUUCGUUUUGUGAUUUAAUCAGGUGCUAUUGCUAUUUCUACGAAGAAAAGUUGAUUGUGGGUUUUGGGCUUUCCGUUCUCUUUGAUGUGUUUAUACUCUGGAUUCAACAAGUAGGCUAGAUUCAACAAGCAUGAAAGUUUCGGGUUCCUCAUCUUUUUAUAAUAACUCAGCAUCACUGUUUAACAAAUCUUUCCAACUUCUGAUCCUAAAGUUGAUUUGAGAACUUUGGUUAUGUUGAAUCUUCUUCAUACGUUUGGUUGCAUAGUUUACCCUUGCCUAUUUAGUUUUGAUACAAUGAGGUAUAUGAGUGUGGUGAACCUGUAUUUAGUGUAAUUUUGUGACUUGUAUUAAGAAAGUAGCUCCAGUCUGUAGCCUCACUAUGAAAUUGAAAUGUGUCAGUUAUGAAUUACCAAGAAAACAGUCCUUUUAUUAAGAGGUGAUUUGGUUUAACAGAACAACUUUGGUAUUUUAUGUAGACUUUAUGGGGGUUUACUUGGUAACUUAAUGGUAUGCUUGAAGUUUUGUUCAAAGUUAGUGUAUAUAAUGUCGAACUUAUAAUGCUUAAAAUUAAUUGGUGUCCUCCAGUUCUAUUUUAUGUAUGAUACUAUGUGAUGUUUCAUAGAUGGAAAGCCUGUGUAAGUGAGAUUUUCCUUUAUGCACCUUCUGGUUUUUUCUCCUUAUAAUUUGCCACUCUCCCUCAUACACAAAAACCACAUCCCUAAGUUAGGAAAAAAAAAUUCAAAUCUUAUUAUAUAAAUCAUUUAAUGUUCUUGGCAAUCAGGGAACUUGCGAAGCACUUAAUAAGUCAUGUGGGUGCUGUGGAAGCAUUUUGGAAGAUGAGGCACAACGUGAACAAUGAGAGUCAACAUGUGACUUGGUAACUCAUGUCUUCUGUCACGUGUGUGCUCUUUGUCAUGAGUGUCGUGGGCUCCGUCCCAGGUUACCUCAUCCUGGCUGUAAUGCUCAACCGGUACUGGUUAUGAUUCCCCCAGCCGAACAGACCAUGGGACGUGAAGCUUGAAGAUUCUCCAUCAUCUUGGAAGUGCUAUUCUUGUGUAUGUCACUGAUGCCUCUAUGAUUUGAUGUUGAACCAUGUUAUGACUCCAUCUAAAAUGGAUCCUGGCUUUUUCAUUUUCUUUUUAUAAAUAAGAACAUUAAACCUAUUAAUUCUGUUUGCCUCCCUUUUAUUUUGUAUUAUAUAUAGAUUUGAAUCAUAUGAGAGAAAUUUUCUCCCAAUAACUAUGUCUAUGGGUAACUAGUAUUUAGAUAAUGAACUCAAUGAAAGAAUUUGGUACAUU